AUGGAAAUUUCAAACAAUACAGAAGUGGCAGAAAGUGAAAGGUCAAGUUAUAUUCCUGAUCCUUUGGCCAAUGCAUCUGAAUCCAACGCUACAACAACAGUACCAAUAAGUGCUAGUGCUGUUUUAGAUGUUAACGGUACUACAGUUUCGUCUGAUGACGUUGCUGAGCACCUUUUGGGACAAAUGAAGGUACGGAUGUCAGACAAAACGCUCGAAAGCCAAUCCGAGGAGGGUGCGGAACAAGAUCCAGUAUACAUGAUUCCUCGUGGUAACAAACCGGCCAAUGAAUAUUCUAAUCCAAAUCUUUUAUUGGGUGUCUUUCCCACG